CUGACGUUUUGCGUCAUCGGUUGCAGCUUCCGCUUAUUAUUAAUGUUUUUAUUUUUACAUUUUUUUUCAAAUUCAACCCGUUUUCUGUAUAAAAGGAUAAAAUUUUCCGCUAAAUUUAAAAAAAAAUUGUUCUAAUGUACAUUACGUUUCACAUUUUCUGUUAUGGAUCGCUCAUCAAAUUUUAACAAUACAAUGAAAACGAAGAAAUUAGGCUUUUAUCUUAUUCUUUUUUUAGUUGUUAUUGUGAUAUGGAAGCUCUCGGUCAUUGAAUCCGGUAUAGAUAAAUUACAUGUAUUUAAAGAAGCCUUAGAUAUUCACAAAGAUAAGCUACAGCUCACAGAACAACAAAUAAUUUUGCUUCAACAACUUGAAUCGGAUAGGCAUAAUAAGAAUUUCCCAAUAAUCUAUUGUAUAACCCCAACAUAUUCAAGAUUAGUACAAAAAGCUGAGUUGACACGGAUAUCACAAACUUUAAAAUUAGUUCCUAAUAUUCACUGGAUAGUGGUGGAGGAUGCAGAUGAAAAAAGUGAUUUAGUUAGAAAUUUAGUUACUGAUUCUCAGCUUAUAGUGACUCAUUUGGUAGCUAAGACUGCUCCAUUUGAGAAACUGAAGGAUAAGAACCCCAAGGUUAAAAGACAUAGAGGGGUCGAACAAAGGAACACUGCUCUCAAAUGGUUAAGGGACAAUCUAGUUUUAGGAAGAGAUAAAGGCGUUGUGUACUUUAUGGACGAUGACAAUACCUACAGUAUUAAAUUAUUUAAUGAAAUCUCUAAAGUGAAGAAAGUGGGAGUUUGGCCAGUAGGCUUAGUCGGGGGUUUAAAUGCAGAAGCUCCUAUAGUGGAUCCUGUUACUGGAAAAGUAACGGGCUACAGAAGCGGCUGGUUACCGAACCGUCCAUUCGCAAUCGACAUGGCAGGUUUUGCCAUAAAUUUGAAUCUCAUAUUAUCAAAAAAAGAAGCGAAUUUUUCAUAUCAAAUGGCCAAGGGCAUGCAGGAGAGUGAAUUCCUGGGCUACUUCACCACCAAGGAGGAGUUAGAGCCCUUGGCCGAUCGGUGCACGAAAGUUUACGUGUGGCACACGAGGACAGAAAAUCCAAAAGUUACAGGCACUAUUCCUUAUUUGGAAGUUUAGGCUUUAAGAGUUUUUAGGGCUGUUUUUAGACGAAGGUGAAAUAUAUAGCUUUAUUGACAUUUUAAAAUAAGAGAUCACGUUUACACUAAUAGAAUUUUAAAAGGUUGUUAUGCUUUUUCAUACGAAAUUAAUAUUAACAUAUUGUACAUUUUUUAAUUUGUUAGGUCUGUUUUAGGUGAUAAAUUUUAUUACUUUUAUUGCUCAAUAUAAUGAUAUUUACAUAAA